CCUUGAAACUAUAAGCCACAGACUGCUCGUAUCGUUUCUCGACUACGUCACGGUUAUUUAAAAAAGAAAAGAAAAAAAAAAGUCUCUUCAAAUGUUGUCAGAGAGAGUUAAAUAUACGACUGGAUGUGACCCUGUGACCCCUGGUUGCCAGGGAGAGAGCGGUGUGGCCAUGGCUGCUGGGACUACAGUCGGGGAGAGCCAACUCCAGAGGAUUAUCCGAGAUCUGCAUGAGGCUGUUGCAGAGCUUGCAAAGGAGUACAGGGAAAGUGGGGAGCCAAUCACAGAUGACAGUCCCAACCUGCACAAGUUCUCCUACAAACUGGAGUACCUGCUGCAGUUUGACCAGAAGGAUAAGACUACAUUUCUUGGUACAAAGAAGGAUUAUUGGGAAUACUUUACUGACUGCCUGGCGAAACUCAAAGGAGCCAAUGAUGGGAUCCGCUUUGUCAAAUCCAUCACUGAGCUGAAGACAUCUCUGGGGAAAGGACGAGCGUUCAUCCGAUAUUCCCUCGUACAUCAGCGACUGGCUGACACCCUGCAGCAGUGCCUGAUGAACCAGAGAGUCACCAGUGACUGGUACUAUGCAAGAAGCCCCUUCUUGAAGCCCCACCUUAGUGUUGACAUAAUCAAUCACCUGUAUGAACUCAAUGAGGUCCAGUUUGAUGUGGCCUCCAGGGGUCAUGAUCUGGAUGCUUCCUGGCCCACAUUUGCGAGGAGAACACUAGGAAGUGCCAAUUCCCCUGGCCACAUGUGGAAAGCACCCAGUCGCAGUUCCAGUAUUAACAGUCUGGCCAGCACCUACUCCCAGCAAGCACACGAGUUCCCCUCCAGCCCUGACUACGGUCAGGGUCUGCUAAGUGACCUGAACGAGUCUCUGCCUGCCUGCAACGAGGAUGUCGGCACAAUUGAAGAUCUUCGCCUGGAGCUGGACCAGUCAGAGCUGAAGCAGCGAGAGCUCCUACAUAAGGUGCAUCAGCUGGGAGAGGAAGGUGCUGAGCUCAGGGACGUAGUCGUGCAGCUCCAAAGGCAGCUGGAUGUGUCACUGGCUGCCCAAGAGGAGCAACAGGGAUUGCAGGGCGAUCUCAAGGCUCGGCAGGAAAGAGAAGAAGCACUGUCCAGAGAGGUGGAAGCACUUAGGACUGGGGGAAAAGCCAUGGAGGCUGAACAACAACUGCUUCAGGAAAAGUUGUCAGCUGCUGAGGGGAAGAACAUAGAGUUCCUGGCCAAGUUGGACGGAGUUCUCAAUGAUAAGGGCCAGCAGGCCGCCAGUUACUUUGAUUCAGCUCAAAAGAUACACGAGUUGCUGGACAGAUUGAAACAGGCAGAGAGAGGGACGAUGGAAGCUGUAGCUGAGGUAGAGGAGAAGAAGAGACUGGCGGAAAGGCUUGAGGAUGAGCUGAGAGUCAAGGAGGCAGCUGCAAAGCAUGAAGAAGCAAAACUCGGAGCAUUAGUUACAUCUACAUCUGAGGAGAAGGCCACUUUGGAGGCGAAAGUGGAGGAACAGUGCAGAGCCAUUGAUACGCUGCAGGGGGCCUUGACAGUGAGAGAGAAGGAGGCGAGCAACCUACAAAGGCAACUGCAGGACCUUCAAGAAACUCUAGAGGAGAAGGAGAAAGAGGUGCAGGAGGUGAAGAUAAGGGCACACAAAGAUAAAGAUGAAAUGCAGAAGAAUGCUGGUGGUUUAAAAGAGUCUUUAGAAGCAGAAGUCACUGCCCUUAAGGAGCAUCUAAAGAGGAACGAGGCAGAGAUUAGCUCCAGCUGCAAGACACUACAACAGCUAGAAGCCAAGAACCAAAGCCUGAUCACAGAGAGGGGCAAACUGACCACUCACCUUGUUGAGCUGGAGGGUGAUGUGAAAGAACAAGUCACCAAGAUAGAGGACUACAAGAAGCAGUGCGCCAAUCUAAUUGAAGUAAACAAAAAACUGAUAACCACGGCGAAGAGAAACGAGGAGCUAAAGAAGGAGUUGGCGGAAAACCGAACAGUGCUUGAAGCUGAACUAGCAGCUCUAAGAGCUUCUGAGAAACAGCUUCGCGGCCAGCUGGAUGAUACCAAGAUGACAGUGGAUGAAAAAGAGAGGUGCUUGCGUGAGGAGAACCGCAAGCUGGAUGAGAGUCUGCAGCGAGCCAUCAUGGCCGUAAAGCUCUCUGAGGCCACGUCAAAGCGGCAGGAGCAUGACAACCAGAGUCUGAGGGAGGAGCAGGAAACUGUGAAAGCAGCUCUUAGCCGCAUGCAAGCUGACCUGAAGAGUGUUAACGGGCAGAUCAGGGAUUUGGAGAAGAACUUAGGAGUGUCACGCAAGAAUGAAGCAAGCCUUCAAGAACAGCUUCAAGCCAAAGAGAAGAACCUUGCUGAGCUGUUGUCCAGCUUAAAAUAUCUUGAGGCCAGGGAGAAGGAGCUUGAGAUUGCCAAAGCUGAUGCAGAAGCAACUUGCGCUAAACAGACAGAGGUGAUUGAAAGGGUUACCUCUGACAAGCGGGCGGUGGAGAAAUCUCAGCUGGAGAGGAGCGCAGUCCGAGCAAAAGAGAGCCAGGAAGUGACAGGCAAACUUGAAGGCCAAUUGGAGGUGUGCAUGAAAGAAGUGUCUCGACUCCAGGCAGAGAUCCUGGACCUCAGGGUGCGGGUCCAGAGGUCUGAGGAGGAAAGGCUCAAAUCACAAGCACAGCUGGAUGUGACGGAGGCCCAAAGAGAUGAGCUCAGGACGCUGACCGAGCAUUUUAAAGCCCAGACCGAGGCACUGAAUCGAAGGCAUGUAACAGAGCUUACGGAGUGCAAGAAGAAGGAGGAGGCUCUUAUUGAACUGCGGGACAGAGAAGUAGCCGCCUACGCCGAGUUGUCUAUCUCUGCGGCUGCCAUCCGAGAAGAGCUUUCCACCCUCAAGGCACAAAAUGUCAAGCUAGCCUCAGAGCUCCGCGAGACACGUGACGGUCUACACAGGGCAAACACGGAGAUGGCAGAGCUUGGGAUGACCAUCUGUAAGAUAAGUGCAGAAAAGGAGGAGGUUAGAGAGCAUUGGGCAGGGGACGCUGCCAGGAUUGAAGAACUGGAGAAAGAGGUGGCGCGACGAGAAGAGAGCAUGGCAGGACUACAGCUGGAGAAUACCAAACUAAGAGAGGAGCUGACACAGAAGGUGAAACUCCCAGAGACCAUCAUCGAGCUCCGGGGGCAACUGGACAAGGCCAAGAGCCAAAUGAAGAGUGCCAAGGACUCUAACCGAGAGGAGGUGGAGGCCACCAAGUUCCAAAUGAGCUCAGAGAGCAUGAAUCAUCGAGUCCAGAUGAAGAGUGUAAAUGAGCAGCUGGACAAGAUGAAAGCCCAGCUGCAGGAGGAGUCCAAGAAUGUGUCCAGCCUGCAGGCCAAAGUGUCCGAACUAGAGGUUGUAAAUGAGAAGUACUUGCAGCUAACUGGCGAGAAAGAUGCUCACAUCACAAAGACAGAAACAUCUAUCCGUGAGAGUGAGAGCGAGAUUCAGCAAGUGAGAAAUGAAGUCGCCAGUGCUAAAGAAGCCCACUCAGCUUUGCAAAAUGUCUGCGAUGAAUUGAAGCAGAAACUCAACACAACAGAAGCUGACAAACAAAGCCAGAGCCUGAAGAUGACUGCAGAGAUCGAUGACCUCAGCAGAACCAAAGUCAUCCUCGAAGAGCGGCUCAUCGAGCUUAUAAGGGACAAAGAUGCUCUUUGGCAGAAGUCAGACGCUCUGGAGUUUGAGCAGAAACUACGAGCAGAGGAGCGCUGGUGGUUAGUCGAUAAGGAUGCCACGCAGUGCCUCGGCUGCGAGGGACACUUCACCUGGUGGCUGCGCAGACAUCACUGCAGGCUUUGUGGCCGCAUCUUCUGCUACUACUGCAGCAACAACUUUGUGAUGACCAAGCACAGUGGGAAGAAGGAGCGCUGCUGCAGAGACUGUUACACCCAACACAGUGUGGUGGUGGAGCGGUUCACAAAGGCAGAGCUGAGUCCCUCAGACAUUCAGCCUCCUCCACCGGGAGCUGGACCUCAGCCACCACCUGAACCAGCCCCGUAUACACCCACUCCAAGGGUAACAGUUUCAGACCCCAGCUACAGACCUGACGAUGGAGUUUUUGACAUAAUCACAGAGGCGGAAGUGAAUGGUGUCUACGACAGUGACACCACCUCCCAGACCACAGCAGGCUCCCUGGAGGGAGAACAAGACCAGCGGCCUCCAGGAGCACUGGAUAUAGGCUCCAGAGAUGUGACCCCUGAUGACCCUGAAGAUCAUGUUGCCACUGUACAGGAUUCAGAAAUCAACCUUCUCAAAUCAGGAGAAGUCACGAUGGCUGUCCCGCUCAGCAUUGACGAUAUCUCUCAGUUUGGCGACGGCUCCAGGGAAAUUCUCAUCAAGUCCAGCUGUUACAGUGUGAUAACGGUCGCCGUGGGCAACUGUGGGCCAACCAUCAGCUGGACGUUUUCCUCAGAGCCUAAGAGCAUCGCCUUUAGUGUGGUGUACAGGGAAUCCAGCGACACUCAUGUGGAGCAGUCAAAGGUCCUGAUUCCUUUAACGCGCUGCAAUUCCCAUAAAGAGACAAUUCAGGGACAGCUGAAAGUCCGAAACCCCGGCCUCUACACGCUCGUCUUCGACAACUCCUUCUCACGGUUUAUCUCCAAGAAAGUCUUCUACCAUCUGACCAUGGAGAGGCCCAUAAUCUAUGAUGGCAGCGACUUUCCCUGAAGCUGAAUAAGUCCCACAGGGACGUCGUCACGACGUCACUGUGGCAGCUAGAGGGACACUGAAAAGAUGGCAAAUUCAAUUUUUUUUUUCACAAAACCUGUUUUUAAUGUUUUUUGUGCCAUUUAAGUUUGUGGCCUUGAUGUUUUGAGGCGUGUUCCUGUUUUAAUGAAGUGAGGUGAAAAAACGAUUUCAGGAAAGACAAAUGUUAAAGUUUUGAAGUUGAAUUUAAGUAUUUACUUUUAGUUCAGCAAGGUUUAAAUUAGUAAUUUGUUAUGUGAUUUUGUUAUUUUUUCCUUUAAGUUUUGUUGGUCUUAGUGCUGCUUUGGCCUUUCUUUUCCCCAAAUAUGCUCUUACAUUAGGGAAAGCAGAUCACUACAAGUAACACUCGGGGUAUGAAAUAUGGUAAGAGGCUGUUGUCCGACGACAAGUAUUUAUUUGCAAAAGAAGUCUCUGGAGACCCAGGAAAGAUUUUUCAAAUGUGGUCAGUUGUUGUGCAAUAGUUUAAGUCAAAGCUUGUUUAUUAAUGGACUCGACUGAACGCUGUUUGUGCUUUGCCAGAGCAGGAAAGGAGAACGAGUAACUGGCUUGGAAAAAUACUGUUUCUGUUUGAUCACAAAACAUAUGCAUUUUGUGCAAAUCUCAGGAGUGGGACCUUAAAUUGUCCUCCAGCGGAAGCAUGUCCUAAUUUAUGUUUUUGGAAAACAAGAAAAAAGAAAAGAAAACUGCCAUCUUACUUUGUGUGUAAGGAGACGACAAACCAGCGUUCUCCAUUUGGUUCUAGGUUCUAAUGAAGCAGAGUGCCGGUUCUUACACAGACCUUCACUAUAAGUAUAUUAAUGACCGUCAGCUUAUGAGCUACAGUACAUUCAAAGUGCCUAAUAACUCUGAUGGCCAGAGUUAGUUUUCUUUUAUAUUUGUAUAUUACACUCUCUAUUAUCCACACAAAACAUGACACCUGGUAUGAGUUGAUAGUAUUCUGUAAAAACUUAAUUCCAGUUACGUUUAAAUCACAAUAUGCACAAUAUAUUUCAGUGUUAUCAGUUGAAAUGAUUUUUCUGUUUGGAUUUGGUUUGAAUCUCUUUUUGUGAUAUGUUUAGAUAAUCUUCAGUAGUGCGUGCUGUUAAAUGUUUCUUUUAUAGCAAAGCAAUAAGGACAAACGGGCUGACUCACUUUUGGACACAUCCAUACACUAAUUAUUGAAGUCUAUAUGCUGCUUUUAUAGAGAUUUGUUUGCACUUCACAGUCAGAUCUCUUAUAUUUUUGAUGGGUGUAAAUUGGUUUCUAUGCAAAAGCUCAUAUUUUCUCUAAAGAGCUGCACUUUGUUAUAAUUGUUUUAUAAAUUGUUAAAAAACAAUAUUAAAUCUGUUAAAAUGUACACUAUCUUUGUCAAAGAGUUCACGCAGGCACAGAUUUGUCUACUUUUUUGUUUUGGAGGAAUAUAAUGUGCAAGAAUCACCGCUGCAAUCACUCGGUGUAACUGUUGAUAGAUCUGUCAAACAGCCAGGAAACCUGAAUAAAACCUGAGAGUGAGGAUGCCUCCGACAUCCCAUAA